AUGGGCAGCGUCGCUAAGUCCAACACUUUCCUCUUCACCUCCGAGUCCGUCGGCGAGGGUCACCCUGAUAAGAUUGCUGAUCAGGUCUCGGAUGCUAUUCUCGAUGCCUGCCUUGCUGAGGAUCCUCUCUCCAAGGUUGCUUGUGAGACUGCUACCAAGACUGGUAUGAUCAUGGUUUUCGGUGAAAUUACCACCAAGGCCAGACUCGACUACCAGGCUGUCAUCCGUGGCGCUAUCAAGGACAUCGGUUACGAUGACUCCGAGAAGGGCUUCGACUACAAGACUUGCAACGUUCUUGUCGCCAUUGAGCAGCAGUCUCCCGAUAUUGCUCAGGGUCUCCACUACGAUGAGGCCCUUGAGAAGCUCGGUGCUGGUGACCAGGGUAUCAUGUUCGGUUAUGCCACCGAUGAGACCCCUGAGCUCCUGCCCCUGACCAUCCUCCUUUCCCACAAGCUCAACUCUGCCAUGAAGGAGGCCCGUAACGACGGUUCCAUCCCUUGGCUCCGUCCCGACACCAAGACCCAGGUCACCGUUGAGUACGCUCACGACGGCGGUGCUGUCAAGCCCGUCCGUGUUGACACUGUUGUCGUCUCUGCCCAGCACAGCGACGAUGUUACCACUGAGGAGCUCCGUAACGUCAUCAAGGAGAAGAUCGUCAAGAAGGUCAUCCCCGCUGAGCUGCUCGAUGACCGCACCGUCUACCACAUCCAGCCCUCUGGUCGCUUUGUCAUCGGUGGUCCUCAGGGUGAUGCCGGUCUCACCGGCCGUAAGAUCAUCGUCGACACCUACGGUGGCUGGGGUGCCCACGGCGGUGGUGCUUUCUCCGGAAAGGAUUACUCCAAGGUCGAUCGUUCCGCCGCCUAUGUUGGCCGCUGGAUCGCCAAGUCCCUGGUCAACGCCGGCCUUGCCCGCCGUGUCCUCGUCCAGCUCUCCUACGCCAUUGGUGUCGCUGAGCCCCUCUCCAUCUUCGUUGAGACCUACGGUACCUCCGAGAAGUCUUCGGACGAGCUCGUCGAGAUCAUCCGCAACAACUUCGACCUCCGCCCUGGUGUCAUUGUCAAGGAGCUCGACCUUGCCAAGCCCAUCUACUUCCAGACCGCCAAGAACGGUCACUUCACCAACCAGAGCUUCUCCUGGGAGAAGCCCAAGGCUCUCAAGUUCUAA